UCCUGCUAAUCACGAUCGAAAUACUAUACUGUACUCUCUGCCUGGAACCCGCUUUGUUUACUUAUGAGUUCAGAGCAAGGACCUGGGGGUCUGUUUGAAAAACCAGCCGCUGAACCUUUGUGUUAUUCUGUACUUCGAUCUCAUUGUCAACAGUAUCUGCUCAUUGUACCGUAUCUGCUGGGUACAGUGUGCAGCAUGGAUGUGCAGACCGUGAAUUCUAUGACUUGUGAAGAGUUUGUGUGUGUUUUUGGGAAUGUUGUUGAGAGAUGUCCUCUGAUCGCCGCUGCGCUGUGGUCCCGGAGACCCUUCUCAAGCACUCUGGAGCUGGAAAAUGGAUUCAAUGAAUUUAUUGAUAGCCUGUCGAUCGAAGGUAAAGAGGGUAUACUGAGGUGUCACCCGGAUUUAGCAGGAAGGGAGCUGCUUGCGGGCACACUCACAGUGGAGUCCCGAGGAGAGCAAGGCCAGGCCGGGUUGACCUCGCUGAGCUCCGCGGACGCGCUCCGGAUGAAUCAGCUGAACUCGCAGUACAAGAAACAGUUCGGGUUCCCCUUCGUCAUCUGUGCCAGGAUGAGUGACAAGGACAGGAUCAUCCAGCAACUGGAAAGCAGGGUCCGGAACCAACAGCUCCAGGAGCUGCACUGCGGCAUAGCAGAGGUUAAAAGCAUCUGCCGCCUCAGACUGCAGGACAUUUAUAACAGAGCUGCGAAAUCCACCAAACUGUAAAAAAACAAAUCUAGAGCCAAGGCCAAGUAACAAUUCAUUCAUGAACGCUUUCGGCGGAGCAGAACGUUCAGAUGGAAAGUGUGCUUUUAAGACUUGUUACAAAUAAACUGCAGAAAAAGGUCGUGGUUUUCUAUUUUGUUUAUGACGUAUGAAAUGUGUUUCUGGCUUUAAGUG